GACAUUGACGAAUAUCGUCAGUCUAUCCAGAGCAUCAGAAACAUGUGGAGCUACUUGGGAUUACUAACUUUGGUGGCGUUGGCCCAAAGCCACGACGUCAUAGUUGGGAAUAGCACAGAGGGCCGAAAAAUCUUCGACGAAGUCCGCCAUGCCAGCCCCACGAUUUGGCGGCAAACGGAAUCGCUAACAAUCAACACGACUGAUGCCGAAGUCAUCAGCCGAGUGGCCAUAACCGACCUCAGACCAAACAAGGACGGGGAUGCGAAAAUCCUUGAAGGAGGAGAGGGACAGAAGAACGUCACAAUCGAGCUCAAAAGUCCUACCGUACUCAGAGGGUAUGACUUCCAAAUCGAAGUUUACUCCGUUCCCGAAAACCAAGUGAGGAAGCAAAGAAAUCCUGAAGAUCCUAGUGAGGAUUUACCACUUACGCCGUUUGAAGAUUCGAAGAAAGUUGAGUCUACAACUGGUCAGAACUCCGGAUCAACCGAAGCUUCAACUACUGAAAACGUUGAUGAUAAACUAAAAACCAGUGGCCCUAUCGUUUCCAGUGAAACUCCAGAAGGAUCUGACCCAACAUCUACCACUCCUAGCAACAACCAAGAAGUAACGGAAUCAACCAAAAACGACGACAACUCCAGAUUUACUCGUGGUGCGGUGAAUGAAAACAGUACAAGUGAACAAAACACAAAACACAGUACAAGUGCAAAGGAUCUGCCAUCAUCCACAACUCCAAGGCAAGACACAAUCCGCUACACGACAGGCCCCCAUUGGGAAGUGCCAAGGCUAAAUAUCAACCUGCCAACACCAUCAAGCAAUGAUCAGGAGGAAAAAAGAAACGCACGCGAUGUAAACGAAAGUGAUGACGACAAAAAGGUUUCAACAACUGCAAAAUCUCUGACACCAAACUCUGCCAAUGGUGACCUAUCUAAGACUCUCCCAGCAGUAAAUGUACCUUUACCUUAUGCCAACCAAGGAACAUCUACAGUAGUACCUACAACAGAAAAGUCACAAAACAAGAGGGAAACAGAAGAUAAAACUACCACAACAGAACAGAAAGAUAAAGAUGUAAAAAAUGUGCCCCGUGUGUUGGGAGAACAGAAUUCCACUAUUGUUGAACAGAAACCUGUGAUAUCUAUUCAAUAAGUUAUUUUGCCAUAGAAAU